UUAAAUGAUAUUGAAUAAUAGAUAUUAAAUAGAUUGCUAUAAUGUAGUUAGUGAAGGAACUUAUGGUAAAAUAUUUCCAUGCGUCGAUAUUUUAAAUCCAAAUUUAAAGUUAGUGGCUAAAGUAUAAAUAUUGUUAAAUAGGUAAUAAAUGCUUGUUGUGGUAGUAAAAAUACAAAAUUUAUUGCUGCUAUUAAUAGAGAACCUGAGAUUCUACAAUCCUUAUAAAUAUUCCAAAACCCUCAUAUUGUGAAAUGCUAUUAAAUUGGAUAAAUUGAUGAAAAUUUAAUAAUCGUAAUGGAAAAAUGUGAAUUAGGGGAUUUAAGUAAAAAAAUAAAAUAAAUGAAAAAUCAAAACCAAAAAUUUAAGGCUGAAGAAAUCAUUGAUUUUGCUUCCUAAGUAAUUGAUGGUGCUCGUCUUAUGGCUGAAUAAAAUGUAUUCCAUAGAGAUAUUAAACCAUAAAAUAUACUAUUAGCUAAAGACAAUAAAAACAAUAUAAACUACAAAGUAAUUUCAAAUUAAUAAAUAGAUUGGUGAUUUUGGAUCUGCUCGAAUAGUAUAGGAUUUGAGAAAAGAAGAAGAUUUAACAAGAUGGGGUACUAAAAUAUACUCUUCUCCAGAAAUAAUCACUCAAUAAAAAUUUUCAGCCCAAGCAGAUAUAUUUUCAUUUGGUAUUGUUUUUUUUGAAUUUUGUUUUUUACAAAUUCCAUUCUAAAUAAACUAAUAAUAACAAUUUUUUAACUAACUUUAAAAUUAGCAAUUUAAAAUAAAUGUAGAUAACAUUAAUGGUGAUUAAAUAUAAUUAAAUCUCAUUAAAAUGGUAUUAUAAAAUACUAUAGUAUUCAAUUAAUAAGAUAGAAUGGAUUGGUAAUCUUUGCAUAAUAUAAUUUCAUAAUAUAAAUAUAAUUAAAAUCAUGGAUUUUAUUAACUUACUAAUUUGCAAUAAAAUGACAAAAAUAAUUAUAUUAUUGUUUAAUAGCAUGUUAAAUUAUUAGACCAGAAAUUACAAUUGGUAACAAAUUUGAUGAGUUAAUACAAAAAGUGUUGGUAAUUCUAUCUUUAUUAUUUCAAGUUAACUCAAUAUUUUAUCAAUACCAUUAGAUAUAUUUAAAUUAUAUUUAACCUUUUUAGCUUGUUACAGACACAUUGUAGCUUUAUCUUCUAAGUCCUUUUAUGAUAACAAUUACAAGAUACUGAGUAAAAAUAUCAAAAGAUUUAUGUCUCAAAAUCAAUUUUAACUUUUAACUGAAAGUUUCUUUAAAAAUCUUAAGAAAGAAGAUUAAGAUUUGAAUAGUUGUGCUGAAAUGUUUCUUCAAAAUAGUUUCUAUACAAUAGAGAUUGUUAAAUAUUCCAUUAAAUUUUUAGGAUCUCAGAAUUUUAAUCAACACAUAUAUUAAUCUCUUUAUUAAAAUUUAAUUCAAUUUAAAGAUUAUUUUGAUAAUCCUUAAUAAAAAGAAUCUUUAGACUAUGAAAUAUUUUUAGAGAUAGCAAACUAAUUUUUUUACAAUCAAAUAGUUAAUUGUUACAUGUAAAAAUAAAUUAAUGAUUUUAUUGAAAAUCCUGCAGAAAUAAAUAUGUAAAAAUAAUAUGAAAUCCUUUAUAUAGUCUGAUUGCAUUAUAGAAUUAAUUUGGAGAAAGUGAAGUAUUUUACUCACAGUAAGAGUGUAAUAUUCUAUAGAAUGCUGUUUCACAAAUAAAAGUAUGCUUUACAUAAAAUGAGGCGAUUGAAUAUUUAUUUUAGAAUUUAUGA